CCGAAGGCCGCUGCGACGUGUUCUUCCAAGCCAAGAUCUUGAAUCAUACAGGACAGGCGGCAUAGCUUAGCCUCCGAUCACGAAAAAUCGAAUCCAUCCGAGUCUCGAUGUACCCCAAUGUCCAAGAGCAAGCCGCUCUGCAGGCUGCUGAAAACCUCAUGAACGAAAUCAUGGCGCGUUAUGAUCCAUCUCACGAUGCUUUUCAUGUACAACGUGUGCGCAAAACGGCCCUGUCAAUAGCCCGCUCUCUUUCCGCACAACAACCCGAUUUACUGGUCGUCGAAUUAGCAGCUCUACUUCAUGACGUUCUGGACAAGAAAUACGUGUCAGAAGCAGAAGCAGCCGACCCAUAUGGAUAUUUCCUUCCUUUCUUCCGAUCUUUGUCUUCGGAGCACGGGCUAGACCUGAUAAACGACGGACGGGCGCGUCAGAUCGUAAAGGUCAUAGAAAACGUCUCUUGGACAACCGAGAAGAAACUGAGGGAAUCAGGAAAAACCGAGGAAUGGCAUCGUACAUGUAUUGAACUUCACUGUGUACAAGACGCGGAUCGGCUUGAUGCGAUAGGAGCAUUUGGAAUCAUGCGGUGUGCUGCGUACAGCGCUGCUGUAAAUCGCCCCCUCCACGCACCUCCAGGUCGUCUCGACACUGCGGUACAACACUUCUACGACAAGCUUCUACACAUCCAGGAAUGGCUCAAGACGGUGCCAGGAAAACAGAUGGGCGCAAAGCGACACCAAUUUAUGGUCGAUUUCUUGGAUUCUGUGGAAACCGAAUACAACGCAGAAGCACCCGAAGUACUGCGUGACUAAACAUGUUGCACCCUUGGCACGUUCGCCGCACU